GAACUCAUCUUGUCAAUUCAUCUGCAGUUAUGUUUGUCAAGUCGUUGGUUUUUCUGACUAUUGCGGUCGCCUACGCCUCCGCCGAUUGCCUCCAUUGCAUCUGUAUGAGAGAAUCCGGAUGUAAGCCGAUCGGUUGUAACAUGGACGUCGGAUCCCUUUCUUGUGGAUAUUAUCAGAUCAAACUCCCCUACUACGAGGACUGCGGUCAGCCUACCAAGAAAUCCGGAGAAACAACUGAAGCCGCGUGGAAGAGGUGCGCGAAUGAUCUUAGCUGUGCUACUACUUGUGUUGAGAACUACUACAACCGCUACAAGAGUCAAUGUGCUGGAACUGGACAGGGAGCAUGCGAAGUGAUGGCUCGUAACCACAACGGAGGGCCACAAGGAUGCAAGCACUCCGGAACUCUGGGAUACUGGAAUGGAAUCAAGAGCUGUUGCGGAUGCUCUUAAAAAAAUUUGAACUGAAUUUUGAAUCUAAUGAAUGUUUUAUGAUUA